CCCUCCCCCCACCCCAACCCUCCCAACCCUGGGGACAUCUCGCGAGAGGUGAAUGCGCCAGGCCGGACGGGAGUAAAGUGUCUGCUCCGCUGAGGUGGGAGAAGAGCCCAGGGAGAGAACGCGGCCGCUGAGCGCGGUAGGUGGCGGAGCUCUUGGCAGCUCCGCUCAGCUAUAUGAAAUAUGGGAGACGACAGACCGUUUGUGUGCAAUGCCCCGGGCUGUGGACAGAGAUUUACAAACGAGGACCACCUGGCGGUUCAUAAACACAAGCAUGAGAUGACAUUGAAAUUUGGCCCAGCCCGGACAGACUCAGUCAUCAUUGCAGAUCAGACCCCUACCCCUACCCGAUUCUUGAAGAAUUGUGAAGAGGUGGGGCUCUUCAAUGAACUAGCCAGCUCCUUUGAGCAUGAGUUCAAGAAAGCUGCAGAUGAUGAUGAGAAAAAGCAGGCUGCUGGGCCCCUGGACAUGUCCCUGCCCUCCACCCCAGACAUCAGAAUCAAAGAGGAAGAACCAGUGGAGGUAGACUCAUCCCCCCCUGAUAGCCCUGUCUCCAGUCCCCACUCCCCACCAGUAAAGAAGGAGGCCACUUCCAAGCCAGCUGUAAUCUCUACUCCUACACCCACCAUUGUUCGACCAGGAUCUUUGCCUCUUCAUCUGGGCUAUGAUCCACUUCACCCAACCCUCCCCUCCCCAACCUCAGUCAUUACACAGGCUCCACCUUCCAACAGGCAACUGGGGUCCCCCACUGGCUCCCUCCCUCUUGUCAUGCACCUUGCUAAUGGACAGACCAUGCCUGUGUUGCCUGGGCCUCCAGUCCAGAUGCCUUCUGUUAUAUCGCUGGCUAGACCCAUCUCUAUGGUCCCCAACAUUCCUGGUAUCCCUGGUCCACCAGUCAACAGCAGUGGUUCAGUCUCUCCCUCUGGCCUGCCCAUGCCUUCAGAAGCCAAGAUGAGACUAAAAGCCACUCUGACCCAUCAAGUCUCUUCCAUUAAUGGUGGUUGUGGAAUGGUGGUGGGCACUGCCAGCACUAUGGUGACAGCACGCCCAGAGCAGAGCCAGAUACUCACCCAGCACCCUGAUGCCCCAUCCCCAGCUCAACCACAGGUGUCCCCAGCACAACCCACCCCUAGCACUGGGGGGCGGAGGCGGCGCACCGUGGAUGAGGACCCUGAUGAGCGGCGACAGCGCUUCCUAGAACGCAACCGCGCUGCAGCCUCUAGGUGCCGACAAAAGCGCAAACUCUGGGUGUCCUCCCUGGAGAAGAAGGCAGAAGAGCUCACAUCCCAGAACAUCCAGCUCAGUAAUGAAGUCACCUUACUGCGCAAUGAGGUAGCCCAGUUGAAACAGCUGCUGUUAGCACACAAAGACUGCCCAGUCACUGCACUACAGAAGAAAACUCAGGGGUAUCUUGCAGAAAGCCCCAAGGAGAGCUCCGAGCCCACUGGUUCCCCGGCCCCCGUGAUCCAGCACAGCUCGGCCACAGCGACCAGCAAUGGGCUCAGCGUCCGUUCUGCCGCCGAAGCCGUGGCCACGUCAGUCCUCACUCAGAUGGCCAGCCAAAGGACAGAACUGAGCAUGCCCAUACAGUCACAUGUGAUCAUGACUCCACAGUCCCAGUCUGCGGGCAGAUGAUGCCUCCCCCGGCGGAGAGGUCCCCGGCCGCAGCUCGCCCACCCUCGAGUCGAGACAGAGACGGCGCCCUUCUCCUCCCUGCCUUGCACGUGGGCCGGCCCAGGUAUCGGGAGCGAGGAACGGGCAGUUCUAGAGGCCUGCCCGUCUGGUCUGUGAGCUCCCUCCCUCGACACCCAGCGUGGUUUCUCAUCCUCUUACUGCAAAAGGUCUUCCUCAGUGCUGGGGACUCCCCAUCCGAGGCCGCCCGUUUAACACUAACCAGAUUCGGAGCCCUUCCAGGGAGCGGUGGCGGUCACUGUGCCGCUGACCUGGGACUCAGAGCCCAGCUUGGACCCCGGAAGCCACCAGCAAGCUCCUCCCAGCACCACCAGUUCACAUAUUUAAAUAUUAAGAAUCUUGGGUUGCCCACGGGGCUCUCCUCUUCGUCCCCCCCAAGCCUCGGCAACCUCCUUUUGUGGCCUUAUGUUGUUGCGCCUUCCUGGCCUUGCUGGGGGCGGAGAGCGGAUUCCAGAGCCGAGUCCUUGUUCCCCCCCCAUUCCUCAGCUCUGCUCCUUGGGACACGAUGGAGCCGUGUUUGUCUACAGAAAAUGCAAUUUAAAACUUGUUGCCCAAAGUCCUUCAGACCUCGCUUCUGCCUCCUGCCAGCAUGCAUGUGCGUGUCUGUCUCUGCUGACCUCCCCGCCCUGUCCUCCCGUCCACCUGAGGCCGAUGGUUGUUUACAGAAAUCUCUGCCCUGGAUGCUCCUUCCAGGGCUCUCCGCCUCCCCCAUCCUCUUCCUCCCUCCCCUCCAUCCGCCAGAGGACUGGAGACCAUCACGGGGGUCUCGUGUCUUGGGAGGGUCCCCGGCUGCCUCGGAGGCCGCAGCCAUUUCCACCUAGGGCCGGACGGCAAAGAGGAAUCCUCUCCCUCGUGCCAGCCUCUUCCUUUAACUAUGCAAUGUUGCUCCAGGCCUAGGGCAGCCUGGGCCCGGCUCCUCCCCGGCAGCUCCUCACCUCUCCUCCAGCUGCUCCCCUCUGAGCCGGCCAGAUGUUUGUCAGGGCCAAAGCUGAGAAAGUCACCCAGAGCCAGGAGGAGGAGGAAGUAACUGUCUUCUUCCUGGUGUCAAGGACGCUGCAGGGACAAUUCCUAAGGUGACUCGGCCACAGGUGGGGAUUGGCACCAGGGCCCUCUUCCUGUCUCACCCUGGGCUGCCCUUAUGGCUCCUAAGGAGCUCCCCACACCAGAGUGCCGAGACCCGGCAGCCCCUGGCUUCUGUUCUUCCCAGAAUCUGCCUGGGCAGGGAAGGGCAGAGUCUAGAGAAAGGUGCCACGGCCGCCAGUGCUGCCCAGGAGAACCAGCAAUGCCCAGCUCCUCUCCAGGCCUGAGGCAUGCGGACCUUUGGGAGUGCAGCCCUGGCUCCACUCGCCUUUUCUCCCACCUUAGCAUCAAUCUGAGACCGACUGGGCAGCCAGGGUGAAGGGACUUGCCCAGGGUCAUGUGACUAGAAGGUGUCUGAAGCCAGGUUGGAAUCUGGGACUUCCUGUCUCUAAUGCACUGUACCAGGUAGCUGCCCCCCUGCCUGAUUUUUAUGCCCAAAGAUAACCCCGGCCUCUGAGCAGCCCUAUAACACUGGGCUCACCCAUUCUUUAACUCUGGCUCUAACCACUAGGCUGUACCUUGGGGUGGCGCCAGGGCCUUCACUGCCCGCCCCCAAUCCUGCAUGAACCUCCCUGCUCUGCCCCAGACAGACACACAGCAUUUCCUCAGUGGCCCCAUUUGGAAUUCUGCCCCCUUAGAACCCUCGGGCCAGCCUCGGCCCAGUGCCCCAGGGAGGCAGAUGGAGCCUAUGUAAUGACUGUAUCUAGGACAUCUAUGUAUCCUUGCUGUAUAACCAGACCUCCUCCUGGCCCAGGGCCCUUCUCUCUCCAGGCUCCCUGCCCGGGGUGGGGCUGCAGCUGUUGUAUUACCCAGAAAUCCUGGCCCUGCCCCUCCCGCAAUCUGCAUGCCCCGUCCCCUGUGAGCAGGCUCUCACGACUUCCAGGAAGGGGAGUGGGCGGGGGCUGCCCUGGGCUCUCCGCCCUUCACCUCCUCCCCAUCGCCCCCAGCCUCUGCGCCAGCCUCCCCCACAUAUAUUGUGCCUUAUUUAAUGCUGCAGAUAUAACAUUAAACUAUUAACAAGAGA